AUGCAAGCCGACAUCGUGCGACGCCAGGCCGAGGUCGAUCAGUUGGCACAGCGGCCGCUCGGCUCGAGCCUGGUCGAUCUGGCCUACGAGCACCGCUGCAUGUUUGGCGAGUGCACGAUCGGGUCGUGGUCGGUCGACGUGCUGCGCGCGGAGGGCCGGACCCAGGUGGCUUUCGUCAACGGCGGCACCAUGUACGGCGGGAUACCGGCGGGCAACAUCACCUACGGCCAGCUCCAGACCGCGCUCCCGCUGCAGAACGGCGAGCUGCAGACCUACCGCCUGGCCGGGCGGUACCUGUGGGCGGCGCUCGAGAACUCGUUCAAGCUGGUGACCGACACGGAGCUCAACCUAAGCCAAGGCGUGGGCCGCUUCCUGCAGGUCUCGGGCCUGCGCGUGCUCUACAACCCGCGCGAGGCCGUGGGCUGGCGCGUGGUCGACGUCACCAUUGAGACCGCGCCCGGCGUGUGGACCCGGCUCGAGCCCGACCAGCUCUACACCAUCACCUCGUUCCGCUGGGUGUCGGUCCUGGGCGGCGAUGAGUACACCAUGAUCCGCGACAACCUGCACGACCUGCGCCCGAUCGGCAUCACCGGCGCCAUGGCCUAUCUGACCGCGCUCACCAGAGGCCCGAUCACGAGCGUCUCCAUGGGCCGGCUCAACACCACCUCGCUCACCACCCGAUCGUGCUACGACGCCGACAGCGGCUUCCUAUGCAACGGCAACGGCGUGUGCGUGCUGGGCCGGUGCCAGUGCGUCGUGGGCGCGGCGGAGGAGCUGUGCGCCUGGAGGAACUCCAGCGACGACGCGCUAUCAGCAGGAGCAAUUGUCGGCAUAGUGAUCGGGUCGGCCGUUGUGGCCGCCUGCGUGCUGGUAUCGGCCGUGUUCAUCACCGCCGUGCUGGCCUCGCGCAACCGGAAGCGACCGGCCGACCAGGAGUGGCUCAUCGACUUUAACGAGCUCGAGAUCGGCGACCUGCUGGGCCGCGGCGGCUACGGCGAGGUCUACCGGGGCAAGUGGAAGGGCACCGGUGUCGCUGUGAAGACCAUCAGCGCCGAGCGCAUCACGCGGGAGAUGAAGGCCAGCUUCAUCAAGGAGACUUCGAUCAUGAGCCGCCUGCGACACCCUAACUGCGUCCUGUUCAUGGCGGCCUCGACUAAGCCGCCACUGCUGUGCAUCGUGAUGGAGUACAUGGCCCUGGGCAGCCUCUACGACUUGCUGCACAAUGAGCUCGUCAACGAAAUACCGUUCGUGCUGCGCCUCAAGCUCAUGUACCAGGCGGCCAAGGGCAUGCACUUCCUCCACUCCUCAGGGAUUGUGCAUAGGGACCUGAAGUCGCUCAAUCUGCUGCUCGACCACAAGUGGAACGUCAAGGUGGCCGACUUUGGUCUCACGGUCUUCCGUGACUCGGUCAAGCGCAAGGGUGACGGCGACCGCAGCGUCGUGGGCAGCGUGCCGUGGAUGGCGCCCGAGCUCCUGCAGCGCGACACUGAUCAUCGGAACCCACAGGCCCCGAUCGAAUUUGUGCAGCUGGUCGACGUGUACAGCUUCGGCAUCAUCCUGUGGGAGGUGCUGACCCGCAAGCGGCCCUACGAGGGCCUCAGCCCUUCGCAGGUCGCCGUGGCUGUAAUCCGGUCCGACCUGCGCCCCACGCUGCCAGCCGGCGUGUUGGGCCUGGCCGACCACGAACGCCAGUACCUCAACCUCAUGUCGGCCUGCUGGCACCGCGACCCCAGCGUGCGGCCCGCGUUCCACCGCAUCAUGGACACCCUCGUCAAGAUCAACAACGCGGCCGGCGGCAACAGCAGCAGCGGCAGUGGCUUCGUCUUCUCGUCGAGCAGCGGCAGCAACAGCAGCGGCGGCGGAAAAGCCGACAACGGCGAGGCGGCGGGUCGAGCGAGAGGGCCGUCAGACAGCAUGAGCCUGAUGAGCGGCCCCGACCUCUCGUCAUCCCGCGACAGUAACGGCUCCUACGGCAACUGCGAUGAUGGCGGCAGUGGCGGUGACGGCGAGGGCGAAGAGCGCGGGCUCGUGCAUGUGCCUGCGACAAAGGCCGACCGGGUGCCGCGGCGCGACGUGUCGUUCGUCGUGUGCGAUCUGGCCCGAUUCGACCGCGUGUGGCAGCGCAACCCGGCCGCGGCCGACAUGGCCAUCCGCCGCUUCACCGAGAAGACGCAGAGCGAUGCUACGUCGGACCACCAUCAGCAGCUUCGAUUCACCACGCGGCCCGACAGGUCGGUGCGCGUAGCGCUGGACACGACCGGUGAUGACGAAGACAAGAACGAGGAGAACGACGAUGAAGACGAGGAGGAAUGUGACGGCGACGAGGCGGUGUGUUCGUCUGACCGGUGUCCGUGGAUCAUCGACGCGGAGAGCAUCGAGCUGGGCGAGUGCAUCGGCGAGGGCAGCUUCGCCGAGGUGCUCGAGGGUACCUGCGACGGGCGGCCGGUGGCGGUCAAGCGUCUGUUCAACAGCCGGCUCGACGACCACGGCAUGCGCAAGCUGCGCAAGGAGGCCGCCAUCCUGUCCGGCAUCGACCACCCGCACGUGGUCAAGCUCAUGGGCCUCUCCGUGGGCCAUCGCAGCCUGCUGCUGGUCAUGGAGCUCGUCCCCCGCGGCAGCCUGCGCACACUACUCUCCAACCCGUCGGUCGGGCUCAAGUGGCCGCAGCGGCUCGCCAUGCUACGCGACGCGGCGCUGGGCCUGGCGUUCCUCCACGCGCGCGGCAUUGUGCACCGCGACAUCAAGUCAUCCAACCUGCUCGUGGACGACGACCUGCGGGUCAAGGUGGCCGACUUCGGCUUCGCCACGGUCAAGCAGGACAACUGCACCAUGACCCGCUGCGGGUCGCCCUCGUGGACCGCGCCCGAGGUCCUCGCACCCGUCUUCACCACCGCGGCCGAGAGCGGCCGUAAUGGCGAUGAUGACAAUGGCGAUGACAAUGACGACGACGAUGAUGUGGUGGUCGACGAGCGGGUGUACAGCGAGAAGGCGGAUGUGUACAGCUUCGGGAUCGUGAUGUGGGAGGUGCUGACGCGCCAUGUGCCGUACGCGGAGGGCAACCUCACGACGGUCGCGUUCGACGUGAUCCAGGGCAAGCGGCCGCCCGUGCCGUCGGACUGCCCACCGGCCUACGCCGACACCAUGCGGCGGUGCUGGCACGAGAAGCCCCGCAAGCGGCCCGACAUGGACGACGUCCUCGCCUUUUUCGCCGGCGACUUUGCCUCCGUGUAA